GGGGCYUSCCAUUCAAUCGAAUGUCAACGGCGUGGAGACAUGCGCGAUGGAGACUCAGGACAUGGUGAAGGGUAUUGCAGGUGUCAGCAACGAAGGGAUAUCGGCCGGAGCAAACACCGCGGACUGUGCAGUGGCCCUUGCGGGAAUUUGUGCGCAGGCUGCAGACUUGAGCACAGAUGGCGACACGAGCGAUGAUGGUGCAGAGUGUCUUGUUCCAUACGAGAAUGUUGAGAGGACGAGAGCAGGAGGACACUUCCCGUAUGACGUCAAUUGGGUGUCUGGCCGUCUUCAACCGGGUACCGUUGGAGGAACGCCAUGCUUUGCGUUCAAAGUGAAUGGGGAAUGGGUUCCAUAUCCCGCCCCCACAGAGGCGUCGUGGAGGUGCGUGACUCUGUCAAUCAUCUUCGACAGAGUGCUGAGGUUGAACGAUGCGGCGACCCCUGAUGAGAAAUCACGGCAUGUGUUGAAACUAUGGCGUGUUCUGGACGCGAAGGGCGAUUUGAGGCUGAAUGAUUUUGAGUACGACAGUGUCGACUGCGGAGAGUCAUGGGUGAUUGGCGGGUUGGACACUGCAGCGGGCUCGGUUUGUGCAGAGACUGAUGCCAGGAGGGAUCCACGGUGGGGUUGGGUGCCACAUGACGCCCCCCUUCUUUGUGGCCGUGUGAGGAUGCCCAUGCGUGACGCCAUGGGCAAUGUAUGGACCGUGUGUUACAUAAACGGCAGCUUCGUGUCCAGACCCCUGAACAGGGAGGUGACUGAAGAGGAGAAGAUGAUGAUGGCUUGUCCCACCGCUGUUGCUCAUUGUUUUUCGCCACCUCUUCGAAACCCUGUGGAGCUCGAGGUGGCAGAGGGGAAAGUGUUUGCGGGUGAGCAGGGGUACACAUACACGUAUGCCAGAGGGGAGGAAGCUACUGCUGAUGGAUUGUCCCCGCUGGUAUGGAACCCGCCCAACCUGAAGCCUGACGUUCUGGCUGCCAUGGACAUUACGGCCCAUGAAAUGGAUAGCGGUCCACUGGUGUGCGACUGCGGCAGACCUUUCAUGUCCUUACGGACUUUAAACUCGCAUCGUGCGAGGGCAUGCCCGGCCGUGGUGGAAGAGGGGGCGCAAAGGCAGGAAAACAAUGCUGCCCACGACCCGGGGCCAUCCGACAUGGGCGCAGCGAAUCUCGCAGCUGAUGACAGCGACGAUGAGGGGGCAGAGGACAACGCGAACGGGGCAGCGGGUGACAACGCAGAGCCGGAAGCGCAACCCGUCGAGACUUUUGACAGCUCGCGCAGGCUAGCAGCGCUUAUUUUGUCCGCACGUGGCGGCGUCGGUAUGUCGCAUUGCGACGUUGAUGCUCUCUUGUCACUUCUCAAAGACCCGAGAUUCAGCGCGGCGGACAUUGCGUACUGCAACAGUCGAGAGUGCUUCGCAUGGGCGGGCAGUCUCGCAGAAGCCGCCGGGUGGAAGGAGUCGGACCCGCGUAGUGACGACUGGCCUGAAGGAGCGCACGCCAUCUUGUGGCACCGCGAUUGGCGAACUGCAUUCUUGUCGAUAAUGCAGGUCGCGUCUUUGAAACCCGCGGGAAAGAAGGACAAGUGUCGGAAGAAAUCGGGGGCUGAGAAGAGGGAGUCGAAAGAGCAUCGCAGAAGCGGUGCCGGCCUCUCCGCGAAAAUGGUGCAAAGGCGCAGGCGUAAAUCCUCGUCGAAAGUUACAGUCCCUUCGAGUGAGCGGGACAUUUCAACGCUGAAAGAACGUAACGAGUCGCCCCCCUCGACCCCUGUCGAGGGAAAGCGCGGAAGAGGCGCCGAGAACCGUCCGCCGAGGGCCCCAGAAAAAAAAUCGCGGGAUGAUAGAACCGCGACUACUCACCGGAGUUCAAAGAAGAGAAUAUCCUACAAAGACGAGAGACCAAUGGAGACAAUCGAUCUUGGAGGGUCUGACGACAGGCACAGCACACCCCAAGCGGAAGAAGAGGAGGAACACGACCGUUCCACGCCAGAGAAGUCAGACGGUGCGGAGGAUGAGGAAGGGGGAAACGAGGGAGACGACAGCGGUCCUUCCCGCGGGCAGUCGCAAGACACCGACGAGGACGACAACAACGACAGCAAAUCGGCCAGCCAGAGUACCGGCGAAGACCGGAGCGCCGCUUCGGAAGGAGAUGAUUCGCCAUCUCCUUCGAGGACGCUGCGCAGCGAAGGAGAACGGCAGGCACGCAAUGGCAGCGACACCGAGGAGCCUGUCGGUGACAGACAAAUCGUGCAGCACGUGAGCGCCACUAGAAAAGAGGACACGUUUUUCGCGGCGGUGCAAGCGACGGCCAAACUGGCAGGGGGGACAGCAGAGAUAGGGCUGCGGUCUCACAUUGCAGAGCGCGGGAUUCGAGCUGUCAUAGGGGAAUGCAACAGAAUUAUGACGACGAUCCGCGGAGAGAUUACCUGGCAGCUGAAGCAUUGGUUCUGAGCAGAAAAAGGGAUUCCGCUGGUCGGAUCGCAGCAAUCGGACCACCACCUCCCCGCUAGCCACAAGA